AUGCAUGCGCUACUGUCUCUCCUCCUCUCGGGGGCCGCCAUGGCCGCCACUGUCGACAACCCGCUGAGGAAGCGCGCCGAAUGCGGGCCAGGAAUUGGGUCUUGCGCUCCGGGCUCAUGUUGUAGUGAGGCCGGUUGGUGUGGAAAGACGGCAGAAUUCUGCGGCGGCUCGCAGUGCCAGCUCGAAUACAGCGAUUCUUGCGACACCUUUUUUCCACCCCCGGGCGCUAGCACGGAGAGCAUCCCCCGUCCCGCCCUAGGAUCUGUGCCUUAUGGCUCAAUCAUCACGACUUGUGCCAAUCCGGGCUCCAUCGCACUCACUUUUGACGAUGGCCCUUACAUCUACACCUCCCAGCUUCUCGACAUUCUCGAAGCCCAGAAUGUCAAGGCCACUUUCUUCGUCGCCGGCAACAACAAGGGCAAGAAGCGUAUGGACGACCCCGCUACACCAUGGCCGGCUAUUAUGCGUCGCAUGCACUCCCUCGGCCAUCACAUCGCCAGCCAUACCUGGACCCACCGCAACCUCAACCUGGUCAACAACACCAUCUUGAGGACUGAGAUGAUCUACAAUGAAAUGGCGUUCCGGAACCUGUUUGGUUGGGUGCCGACUUACAUGCGCCCGCCUUACCUGGAGUGUCACGCCGCCUCUGGUUGUCUAGGCCUGAUGAAGACGCUCGGCUAUCAUGUUAUCAAUGUCAACAUCGACACAAAGGACUACAUGUACGAUACGCCUGCCUUGAUCCAGACUGCCAAGGAUCGCUUCUCCAGUGGCAUCUCGACAAACGCGGCAGCAAACAGCUACAUCGAGCUGUCUCAUGAUGUCCACUAUCAGACCGUGGUCAACCUGACCCAGUUCAUGAUUGACACUGCCAAGGCUCGUGGCUACCGUCUUGUGACUGUUGGCGAGUGUCUCAACGACCCCAAGGAGAACUGGUACCGCCCUGCCGGCGGAGCUCUUACAACGUCAACCGCGCCGUCCAGCACGUCCGCUCGCGCCUCUUCAUCGUCGGUGGCGCCUGCUGUAUCAUCAUCCAGGCCUGUAGUGACCUCUGUCUCUUCCGUCCGUACCACUUCAUCUCGGGUGUCGAGCUCGACAGUCGCUGUGCCUACAGCCCCAGUGUCCAAGGAUCAGACCUGCGGUGGUGCCAAUGGCUAUACAUGUCUCAACUCUGUGUUCGGAAACUGCUGUUCGUACUACGGAUUCUGUGGUUCUAGCAUGACUUACUGUGGCACUGGUUGCCAAUCUGGCUUCGGUUCCUGCGCGCCACCAUCAGAGGCUGUCACCGACACUACUAACGGCCUUUGUGGCAAGACGUACAACGCCACGUGCAAGAACUACGGCACAAAGACUUGUUGCUCUCAGUACGGAUACUGCGGCAAUUCCGCCACCCAUUGCGGGACUGGCUGCCAGCCGCUUUUCGGCACCUGCACAUGA